CCCUGCCACUCUAAGGGAAACGCCUACGAAGUACCAACCUAGAUUUUGGCUAAACAAGUAAUUGCGUCAAUCGGCGACACGAGGAGCUGCGUCGGCAGAACGUGAUGCACCGAGCCGCCGCGUCCCAUCGCGCCACCGCCACAUCGAUCACUUUGGUUCCAACAUCGAACUUGGUCAAUCGCUCUAGUAAUAAUUAAUUUGUAAUUGUAAUUUCUAUAUCUUUAAUUAAAUUAGUUUAAAGUAAAUUGGUUUUUUUUGAGACUAUCGCUGCCGCCGUACGUAUUUGGCGCAGUCGGUAGGAUACUCACGGUCGGGCUCGCGCUUCAUCGAGAAGACUCUAGAAGAAGACGACCGCGUGGCUAUCAAGUCGCAUCCUGAGUAUCCUGAACCUACGACGUGCAGCAGCGCAGGCAUCCAGACAUCGAUACCAAUAGCCAGAGAAAACCAAGAUUAUGAAACUGAUAAUAAUGAUGAUCCUGCUCCGGGCAGCAGUCGCACAAGAGAUCCUACUUGACAGCUUAGAAGACGGUCCAGGCAUUCUCCCUUUCAAACUAGGUCCUACCAAAAUAAUAUCCCACUAUCAUUCCUUUCUCCAAUUUAUUGAUAUCGAUUACAUACAGUCUAAGGUAAAUUUAGUUAGAUCACAGUUAAAUGAUGUUCGGCCUCAGUUAAAUAAUAAGACUUUAAACUUGUACGAACCACAUAUUGAUUAUCUGAGUAAGAAGCUAGAAAAGGUUGCUGACCAGUUGCAAACGUUUGAAAUGAAUCGCGUUAAACGAGGAUUGAUAGACGGAUUAGGAUCAGUCAUAAAAAGCAUCUCAGGAAACCUAGAUUAUACAGAUGCUGUGCGUUACGAUAAUGCUCUUAAGUCUUUACAAAGUAACGAAGAAAAAUUAGUUUCAGAAUUUAACAGUCACAUAAGUCUAAGUAAAGAAUGGAUGACUGAACACACUAACAUACUAGAGACUAUUUCUAAAAAUCAAAUAAAGAUUGAGAACGUACUUAAUCUAAUUAUUAACAGCGAAGCAAGUAGAGAUACAGAUUUAGUAAAAUACGCCCAUCUGGCUCAGUUACUUUUAAUCUUAGGAGAUAAUAUAGAAGAUCUUGCAGAGGAGUUAGUUAAGUUAGAAAACCUUUUAGCAUUUAUCCGUGCAUCGAGCACGCACCAUUCUAUGCUAAGUUUAGAAGUUUUAAGAUCAAUGUUAGAUAAGUUAAAGACUUUAUAUAACAAAGACGAAGUUAUUGAAGUCAAUCUUAGAGAAUAUUACGAUAUUAUAAAACUAGGCUCUUACUACACUAAAAAUAAAAUAGUUAUAGUGUUCAAGAUUCCGAUCGCUAUCCCACAUUCCUAUGAUCUGUAUAAAUUAGCCAUUGUUCCCAAUAAACACCAUAAUGUUCUCAUCCCAUCCUCUCCUUAUAUAGCAAUACAUAGAAAUGAUUUCAUCUACAUAGAGACAGAAUGUCCGAAGUCCAAUACUUGGUAUCUCUGCGAGAUAAGAAUAAACUACAAGCCACAAGAUCAAGUUGACUGCAUCCAGACUCUCAUCGCUACCCAGAAACUGGACAUCACAUGCAAGCUCACCACGGUUCUACUCGAUCGAGAAGCCCUUGAGCAACUGGACGACAAACACUAUGUAGUCAGCUUCCCAAAACCAACGAAGAUCCAGACAUCCUGUGGAAAGAAUACUUACUCUACUCUUCAAGGCAGUUAUCUGGCUACCGUCCCUUCGGGAUGUUAUCUCCAAACGUCCGAGUUCACUAUACUCAACAGCAACGACCGCACAAGAGGAACAGCUAUCAAGAUCAUGAACCUGCCACCUCCAGAGAACUUCCCAUCAACUCCGAGAUCACUCAUAAAAUUGAACUCAAUCAACUUAGAAAAUCUACACGCAAGUAACACGAAGAUAUCUCUGCAGCAUCCAGUAGAGAUAAGCAAAUCUGUGGAAGCUAGCCUUUACCAUACUACGAUACCCUUAUACGUAGUACUGUUAAGUGCAGGCGCACUCGUUAUUGGCUUAUUAAUUCGACGUCACUACAUCAAACGUCAAGUGAAUACGUCAAGCCCUCAAGAAACCUAUGCAGAAAUCUCAGAUAAGCAACGAGAUGUAUCCAGUCUCACUACAGCAACAUUCUCGAAGAAAAUUCUCCAAUAGUUGCUGAUCUUCGGGGGGAGGUGUUACACCCUGCCACUCUAAGGGAAACGCCUACGAAGUACCAACCUAGAUUUUGGCUAAACAAGUAAUUGCGUCAAUCGGCGACACGAGGAGCUGCGUCGGCAGAACGUGAUGCACCGAGCCGCCGCGUCCCAUCGCGCCACCGCCACAUCGAUCACUUUGGUUCCAACAUCGAACUUGGUCAAUCGCUCUAGUAAUAAUUAAUUUGUAAUUGUAAUUUCUAUAUCUUUAAUUAAAUUAGUUUAAAGUAAA